AUGCCCGCAUCUUGUCGCUCUGCCUUGAGGCGACCGCUCCAGAAGAAGGUGUGGCCGUCACCCACCUCCUCUAUUUGGCCUUGUUCAGAGAAACGGGUCUCGCUGAGUACGACAAUGCCCACUUUUUAUCGCGUCAGUUCCCGCGCCGCUAGCGCCGUCCUUCGUUCCGGCCGGUUGCUCCUAGGAUUGUCUGAAAGGGAAACGAACAUUCUAGGCUGCCAAAGUGAGCGGACUCACCCUAGCUGCCAGUGGGAUGGCACACAGGGGAUGAUGAUGAUGGUGGUGGUGGCGAUGGUGAUGAUGAUGAUGAUGUUGGUGUUGGUGGUGAUGAUGAUGACGGUGAUGUUGAUGGUGGUGGUGGUGGUGGUGGCGGCGGCGGCGGUGGUGGUGGUGAUGGUGGUGGUGGUGGUGGUGAUGGUGGUGGUGAUGAUGGUGAUGGUGAUGGUGAUGAUGACGAAGAAAGGGACUAUUUUGUCUUGUUUUUUUGUUUGCGACCGCAUGCUAAGCAGUCUGCGAGCCACGGUCUGCGCGCAGAUGUGAACCCAGCAUUAGUUUGGGGCACCUUUUUAUAA